AUGCUUCUGUACCUCUUCCGUAACCUGUGGAGGCUGCCCGAGCCGCCGAGCAAGGUGCUGGAGAAGGGGAGCCUCGUCCACGCGGCGCUGGAGAAGGUUUUCGAGGCGCCGCCCGAGGAGCGCGCGGGCCGGCUGCACGACGUACUGCGCGAUGAGCGCGAGGCUCCCAAGAGCGGCACCGCACCGUCGCUGGUGGAGGCGCUGUUCGCGUCGGUGGAGGAGGAGCGAGCGUGGGGCCUCGAGUGCUUACUCCUGGUUGAGGACGAGAAGGAGCACGUCUUGAGCACCCAUACGUAG